GGUCCAAAAUGUCUGAUGUCCGAUCCUGUGUUACAGAAUUCUGCAGCAACUUCGAGGUUGAGACAUGAUAGUGAUGACGAUCGGGAUGAGAAGGAGAAGGAGCUGCAGACUGAAGCUCUACUCUGUGCCUUCCAGACGCUGGGCAAGACCUGGCCCAACAACACACAAACCCAGGAGCGUUUCCAGUUGGACCUGUGCUGUCUGAUGUGUGAGAGGUUGAAACUCAGUACAUGGAGGGUCCAGGUGGGGGUGCUACAGUCUAUGAAGACAUACUUCCAGAGGUUGCUACUGUUGGAGAAAGAGAAAGACAACCAGAACUUCACAGCCUUGUCCCUUAUUCUCACAGAGACAUGCAGCGCUCUCACACACCCACUAGAGAAUAAGAGUUACUCCUCUGUGAGGACAGAAGCGUUGUCUGUUGUGGAACUACUGGUGAAGAGGACAGGAGAGAGCGGUCAGUGGGAGUGCGUCUCGGGAAAGAGUCGCGAACAGCUGCAACGGUCACUGUCAACCCUGCAGACAGACAGCAGACCUGACCUCCGAGACAAGGCCCAGGAACUACGGAGGAACAUCCAGAGUCAACCCUGAACACACACACACACACACCUACCUAGUCAACCCUGCAGACAGACAGCAGACCUGACCUCCGAGACAAGGCCCAGGAACUACGGAGGAACAUCCAGAGUCAACCCUGAACACACA